AUGGAAGGCAGUAAGUGGUGGUAUUUGAGGGUGGGUUUGAGUGAUCAAACGGGAUGGAAGAUGGGUGGCUGGGUUGUGGUUUCCGGUGGGGAAGGAGGUGAUGGCAGUGGUGGUUUUAUGGCGGAAGGUGGUGCUACCGUGUGGAAUCUGAUUACAUCAGAUACUUAUUCUCGAAAGCGUCCAAGUGAUGAUGAUGACGAUUUUGUAAACCCGCCACCCGUUACAAUGUCGAUACAAAAGAUUGUGAAAAAGCAAACCAAAAUAGAAAAGCCAAGAAACAUGGAAGAUUCAUUAAGAUGUUUGAAUACCAGGUUCCCUCCGGAACACAUAACCAAAACCAUAGCCUUGCUGAACGAAGAUCAACAAAGAUGUGUACAAUCUAUUGGAUUUGGAUUAACUCUAAAUAUGCAGUUAGGAAAGCUACCUCGUAGGAUAUGUUACUGGGUCAUUGACAACUACAACCCAACUAGCAAUUCCAUUCAUGUACAAGACCAAAGACUUUUAGUGACAAGGGAAAGAGUACAUGAGAUAUAUGGGAUUCCAAUGGGUGACAUACCAAUGUCUAACCCUUGCAAAGCAAAUUCUGAAAAUAAGGAUACAAAUGCUGGUCCAUUUUUUAUCAUGAAUUUUCUUGUUUUGUUUGUAUCGGUGAUGAUUGAGUACUCAACAAUGGGGACUGUCAAUCAAGGGUUCUUGGAAAACAUUUCGGGUGAUAUGGGUAUCAAACAACUAGAUUGGUGCGGAUUUGUUGUAUCAUGCUUGAAAUCAAGCCGAAUGAUGUGGAAACCCUUGAACAAUAAGUGCGUUUACACCGGUCCCAUUGUAUUUCUUCUGCUGUUUUACCUUAAUUUUACAAAAGUUGAGGAUGGCACAAUUCAAAGUCCAACUGUUGGAAUGAUUCACUGGACAAUAGACAUGUUGAAAAGGAGGGAAUUAGAAGAGCUAUCUAAAGGAGGUUUCGGAAAUGUAACCAUAUCAUUACAACACAUGCACAUGAACCGCACUGAACAAGACGAUAAUUACAAAACAGAAGAUGCGGAGGAUGAUGAUGUUGUUGGAUCUGAAAGAGAUUGCAUAUCUCCUGAUGGAUUUAUUGGAAAUGUAGUUCAAGAAACAUCAGAAAAUGAUGCAGACAACAACUUGAAGUUCAUAUAUUGUCACCAUAUUACUUUUAUAACAUUCUACUUAUGUUAUGCUUAUUCCCAAGAAAUUAUGAGGGAAAUAAACUUCAACUUCAAUGCAUAUCACAAUGCAAAGAGAGCUAUAGAUAAGUUGUUGAUGCGAGGUAUAAAGAAGUUUCCCGAUUCUGUCGAACUGCGCAUGCUAGUAACAAAAAGAAAUCACGAAUUCAAUCUGGCAUGGCCAGAUUUUUCAACUUCCGAUGAUUCUGAUGAUGGGACAACUUCCAAUGGCACCACCACACCUGUUAUGCAUUAUCAACAAAAUACAACCGCAACUAAAAAUGAUCAAUUUCAGGAAUCAACAAUGGUGGAUGAUGAUGAUGCAGUUGCGGAUGUGGUGUGUACACCAUUUACUCAAAUUCUAAACGAAGAUACUUUUGACAUGCUGUUGGAAUCAGCAUUAGCUACCUCUAUUAGGCAUUCAAGUCAUGAAAGUCUCACUAAUUCGGAUCAUCGAGAACCAAAUAUAAAAAAUGAUGAUGUAAACACUGUUCCUGUUACUAUUGUGGCACCAAGACGGUCGAGAAGAUUGGUUCAACUAACCGACAAACUUAGAUCACCUCAUUAUAGGAGGACCGUUGAUCCAAACCAACCGAUUAGAUCAAUUGAGGAGAGAGUGUCAGGUUGGAUUUUCGCAGGGCUGGAAGAUGAAUGGUACAUUUUCUAA